ACAGUUCAAAGUCAUUGCCCAUGAUGCAACCGAUGUGGUAACAUCUUCAGCCUUUAUAAGUCGCAUUAGUAUUUGCACUUCCUUUGGGAAAGUCGAGUGCGUCCGUAGGACAACUGACUAACGGACUAACCCUGCUAAAAACGUGCCAAUCAGACCGGAGAAUCCCUAAUACGAACUACUAUUAAGUGACCAGUAGUGUGCUUGUCAAGAUCCAGCAUAAGGAAUUCGAACACGGAUUAUAGAAGUGCAAAAUUCUGUUUUUGUAAUAGAUUGGUGAAUACUUUCUAUUGGUGAAAAUUAGUGAAACUGACCGAAAAAGCAAUCAAAUCAAAACGUGAAAAUCUAAAUCUUGUGUUUCCGGAAAAAUAACAUGCAACUCCAUAGGUGACCACGCGCACUCGAUUCCGUACAAAAGAAACUUGAACCGCGGAGAAUAUUUUAAGCAGAUAAGAUCAUCGAUCGGAUUCCGCUGCGGUGAACAGUUACAUUUCGAUUUGAGAUCUGGAUCAGCAAUUGUGAGCAGUUUGUUCAGCUUUGGAGUAUUAAGAGAUCUCACAGUGUGAUCUUAGACAGUCGGUGCCAGUGACUCCACUUAGCCAUUGGUGACACCAAUCAAAAUUAUCUUCGUAUCAAUCACGACAGUGAAAGAAUCUAGAAACAGACAAUUCUAAAGAUGACGGCGUCUAAUACAAUAUUAUGCACAUCGCUCCUUUUCCUUUUAUGUUUCCUGCCACCUACGAUUCUGGGGCGGAUGGCAUUCGAAAAACUUACAGAUUAUGACUACGUUGGAACCACAUACUAUAGCGUAAAAAAUCUCUCGCUGUACGAAUGCCAAGGAUGGUGUCGUGAGGAGCCAAGCUGUCAAGCAGCAGCAUUCAGUUUUGUAGUGAAUCCAUUAUCUCCUGCUCAGGAGACACAUUGCCAGCUCCAGAAUGACACAUAUGCGCAUAGACCACUUGCCACACCUCAGCGAUCGGCCAGCAUGUACUAUAUGGUCAAGCUACAGUUAAGAAGCGAAAAUGUUUGUUUACGGCCAUGGGCCUUUGAACGGAUCCCGAAUAAAGUAAUUCGUGGUUUGGACAAUGCGCUGAUUUAUACCAGUACGAAAGAGGCUUGCCUUUCUGCUUGCUUGAACGAAAAGCGAUUCGUGUGCAGAUCAGUAGAGUACGACUAUCAUAACAUGAAGUGCGUGCUAAGCGAUGCUGACCGACGAACGACUUCUCAAUACGUUCAACUCACUGAUGAUCAAGGAACAGAUUACUUUGAAAAUCUCUGCUUGAAACCGCAACAGUCCUGCAAAAACAAUCGAUCAUUCCUGGUUCCUAGAAUUGGGGUCUCUGAUGAAAAAGUCUCACAAUACGUUGGCCUGCACUACUACACUGAUAAGGAACUUCAAGUUACAUCCGAAUCCGCAUGCCGCCUAGCUUGCGAAAUUGAAACUGAAUUCCUCUGCCGAUCAUUUCUCUAUCUGGGAUCUCCACAGGGAUCGCAAUAUAAUUGUCGACUGUAUCAUUUAGACCACUGGACAUUGCCCGAAGGACCAUCGACUUAUUUGAAUGGAGAGCGCCCACUCAUUGAUCAUGGCGAACCAAUUGGACAAUAUAUGGAAAAUCAAUGCGAGAAGGCCACAUCACCAGCGCCUGGACAACAGACUGACCAUACACUGCCAGUUACAUUUGAUGCUACUGAAGACCCCUCCUUGAAUAACAUGACGAGAACUGAUGUAAAUUGCGAUAAGACAGGCACUUGCUAUGAUGUUUCUGUUCACUGUAAGGAUACUCGUAUUGCUGUUCAAGUCCGAACCAACAAGCCAUUCAACGGAAGGAUUUACGCUUUAGGUCGAUCUGAGACUUGCAACAUUGAUGUUAUCAACUCCGAUGCCUUCAGGUUGGACUUAACUAUGGCAGGACAGGAUUGUAACACACAAAGUGUGACUGGUGUCUAUUCGAAUACUGUUGUCUUGCAACACCACAGUGUAGUGAUGACCAAAGCUGAUAAGAUUUACAAAGUCAAAUGUACAUACGACAUGAGUUCGAAGAACAUCACCUUCGGAAUGAUGCCAAUCCGCGACCCAGAGAUGAUUCACAUUAAUUCAUCACCUGAAGCUCCACCACCAAGGAUCCGCAUCCUGGACACCAGACAACGUGAAGUUGAGACUGUCCGUAUCGGUGAUCGUCUUAUGUUCCGAAUUGAAAUCCCGGAGGAUACUCCCUAUGGAAUCUUUGCACGAUCAUGCGUCGCCAUGGCCAAGGAUGCUCGCACUAGCUUCAAGAUUAUCGAUGAUGAGGGUUGCCCAACUGAUCCAACCAUUUUCCCCGGAUUCACACCCGAUGGCAACGCACUGCAAUCUGUUUAUGAAGCCUUCCGCUUUACAGAGAGUUACGGAGUAAUCUUCCAAUGUAAUGUGAAGUAUUGUCUAGGGCCAUGCGAACCAGCCGUAUGUGAAUGGAAUAUGGAAUCGGUUGAGUCAUGGGGAAGAAAGAAACGUUCAUUGGAAACGAAUGACACUGUUGAAGCCGACGAUGACAUGAAUAUUUCACAGGAAAUUCUAGUUUUAGAUUUUGGCGAUGAGAAACGCGACUUCUUCAAAGCUGACCCAAGCACUGAUUUUUCGAAAGAUAAGACUGUGACGAUAAUCGAACCAUGCCCAACGAAAACAUCAGUUCUUGCAUUGGCUGUAACAUGUGCGCUCAUGAUCCUCGUCUAUAUUUCAACAUUGUUUUGCUACUACAUGAAAAAGUGGAUGCAACCGCAUAAAAUCGUUGCUUAGGCAUAAUAAGAAUUCUUUUUUACUAAUAUAAAAUACCGCCUACAAUAGUAAGAAAAGAAAAUAACGACAGAGAACUAAUAAGGAAAACUCUAGUUGUUUUAGUUCUUAAAAUAUACAAAUAAUUCAUUCUAAGAAUCUGAUUAAACUCAUAAUCUUACAUUGAGUAGUGUUGAUGGAAAAUAGGCGAGGAAACAACAUUUGAGUACGUACUCAAUUUGCAUUUAAACUUAUCUAGAAAUCUACGAGUGCAAACAUAUUUAGAUUUAUAUACAAGCUUAUCCUUAAGUUACAUGUUUUUUAAAUAUUUUUCAUUGAAUUAUUUAUUUAGAAAAAUUGUAUGAAAAGAUAUUCAACUGGCUAUCUUUUCAUUUGAAAAAAAGCAAUGAAAAAGCAAAAGUAUUGGAACACUUUCUAUCAAGUUUGAUAUGUGACAUCUUUUGUCUUUGAAGGAAGUAAAUUAUUUCUGUUUUUUUCAUACUGCAGGAAAAAAAAUAGAAAUAGUUUUUGAAGUUCUUUGGACUGAAGAUAAAUUAGAAGAAUAUUGAAUAAGGAGGAAAGAGAAAACAUAAUUAAACUUGCAUAGAGACUGUCACAUCGGUUUAUGAUUAUUAAAAGAAAUUAAUAUUAAAAAUCAAAAAACUAUUUAGUAUAAAUUGCUGUAGCCCUUUUAUAAGGAAUUUCAGAAUUUCUUAAUCAAAAUUUAUCCAAAUGUCGAUUUUUUCUACAGUUCUACGCGAAAUAUUAGCUUCCGCAACUAAAUUUAUUUCGUAAUAUCUGUUUCUCAUUAUUGUUUUGCACUGCCUGUAACAAUGGAUAUAUUAUUUCCUGCAGCAGUAUAUAGUUAAUUAUAUUUUUAUUACAUUCUAUAAUUUCAUCAGUCAUAACACCUAACUUAUUUAUUUUCAUUAUUUCAUUUCACUUAAGUUUUAGUCUCCAUGGAUAUUCAACCACAUUAGAUAAUUAAAAUCGGCAUAAAUUUUCCCGCAAACUACCGAAAACUUUGUUUAGUUAGUACGAGGUAUAAAAAUGAUAGGAAAAUUACUCAAUAUUUGAACAAAGUAUAUUAUCAUGAUUAAAGAAAGAAAACUUAUUAUUUCAAAAUUUGCAAUAACUUAUUAUCUAGAAUAUGUAAAUAUUUGCAAUAAUACAUUUUUUCAAAGAAAAAACCGAGUA